AUGUCUGAUAUAUUAACAAAAAAAAUUCUUAUACUUGGAAGUCGUUGGAGUGGAAAAAGUCUUUUAAUAAAACGUUUGGAAGAAAUAUGUUCAUCAUCAAAAACAAAUCAUGAUGAAUUUCUUUAUACAACAGCAACAAUUGGUAAAACAUUAACUGUUAUCAAAAAUAAACGUAAUCAAUUAUUUGAAUUACAUGAACUUGGUUCAACAUUAGGUUGUUUAUGGAAAACAUUUUAUAUGAGUACACAUUUUGAUAAAAUUAUUUAUGUUAUUGAUUCAACACAACCAUGGUCUAUUUCAUUUACAUUUGAACAAUUAAGAGAAAUAUGUGAACAAAUACCAAUUAAACCGAAAAAUAUUCUUUUAGUUUUUAAUAAAACAAAUGAAAUUAAUUCAUUAAAUAAAGCAACUUUGAUCGAAUUACUUGAUUUGGAUUCGAUUUGGAAAGGAGAAGUUGAAAUAAUAGAAACAAAUGCUCGAACAGGAAUGAAUUUAUCAUCAUUACUCGAUUGGUUAACACACUGA